CAUAAUUUGUAAACGAUUAACGAUAUGCAAAGCUUGCAAAUCCGAAGAGGUAUUUUAUGUCUAUCAAAGUCAUUAAAUACUUUGACAACGCUUCAUCGUUCAGAGACACUUUCACAUCGAACUCGCUCAAAGCAGUUUUGUUUAUGUCUGGUCAAACGUUAUAGAACUACAUUCGUCGCAACGUUUUCGAAGGCAAGAAAGUUUCGCAGACUAUUUCUUCUGUUUGGACAUAAAGACAGAUGCAUAUUUAGGCCGGUAGACUUGGGUGUUUACAAAAUGGGUGUGUCUGAAUCAACAAUGGCUGGUUCCAUGGUGGAAACUGUUGCGUGCAAGGUGGAUGACAUGAAAGAUGGAGAAAUGCGGCAGAUUGAUAUUGGCGAUGGUGGCCAUGCGCUUUUGGUCCGCGAGAAUGGUGCCUACACAGCAGUUGGGUAUAAAUGCACCCACUAUGGAGCACCAUUGAUCAAGGGUAGUCUGAUGAAUGGUCGAGUACGCUGCCCUUGGCAUGGGGCAUGUUUUAAUACCACAACUGGUGAUAUAGAAGACUUCCCUGGUUUGGACUCAAUUCCCAAGUUUGAGACGCAAAUUGUUGAUGGCAAUGUGAUCGUCCGUGCAAAUCCGGAGGACUUGAAAUCGCACAAGAAAGUCGCCAAGAUGUGUCAACCGUCGCCCGGCGAAGACGCGAGAACGUUUCUUUUGAUAGGAGGAGGUCCUUCCUCGCUCGAAUGUGCCGAGACGUUGAGGAAGAAUAACUUUAAAGGGAAGAUUGUCAUCGCAACAACUGAGGAUGUUUUACCCUACGAUAGACCAAUGCUUAGCAAAAUGUUACAAAAGAAAGGCAGCGAGAUAGCUUUACGUUCGAAGGAAUUUUUAGACAAAUACUGCAUCGAAGUGGAGCUCGAAAAGGAAGCAAGCAAACUGGACGCAGAAAAAAAGGAAGUCACGUAUGAAGACGGUUCAACAAUGAAAUAUGAUAAAUUGUUUAUUGGAACAGGAGGAACUCCGAGGGUUAUGGAUGCCCCAGGUGGGGAUUUACAAAAUGUCUGCUACUUGAGAAGUCCAAAUAAUGCCAACGCAAUAGCCGCCGCAUGCAAAGACAAGAAACUAGUUGUUAUUGGCACUUCAUUCAUCGGUUUAGAAGUGGCUGCGUUUGGUAUAGGAAAAGGUGGAGCAACCAGUGUUGAUGUUAUAGGUCAGUCACCCACACCAUUCGCAAAAGUUUUUGGCCCCGAGAUUGGUGCUCGUUUCACGCAGAUGCAUAUGGAAAAAGGAGUGAAGUUUCAUUUCAACACAUCAGUUCAGGAAUUCAAAGGUUCUGGAGGAAAGUUGGACAAAGUGUUGUUGAAAAACGGAGAGAUAUUGAACGCUGACGUUUGUGUCAUUGGAAUAGGUGUGAAUGCGUCAACAGGUUUCGCAAAGGAUUGCGGGGUUGAGACUACCAGGAACGGCAGUAUUGUUGUCGACAAGUUUUUAAAAGCACGUGACGAUAUUUACGUUGGUGGCGACAUAGCCUCGUUCCCGCUCAAAAUGCUGGGUGGCAAACACGUGACCAUUGGCCACUGGCAACUCUCCCAUGCGCAUGGCAGGGCAGCAGCCUUGAAUAUGCUUGGUAAAAAUCAAGAAAUCGACACGGUCCCAUUCUUUUGGACAAUGCAAUACGGAAAGAGCAUACGUUACGCAGGUCACGCUGCAGAAUUUGAUGAGGUGAUCAUUGAAGGAAGCGUCGAGGAACUAGCCUUUGUUGCAUAUUACAUCAAAGGUAAAGACGUUCUGGCUGUUGCUACCGUAGGUCGAGAUCCAAUUGCAGCUCAUGCCGCGAAUCAUCUUUACAAUGGCACAAUGCCGAGCGCUGAUGAAAUCAGAACGGACCCGGCAAGAUGGCAUCGCGCUGUAUCAGCCUAAUCUGAUCAGGAUCUACGAACAACACGAGAAAUCACGCAACAACAGUACUCAC